AUGGGCAAACCCGACGAGUCGUCAUCCUCGCAACAAGACGAACGCACCUUUGAUAGCGCAAUACCAGGCGGAAGCGGCGCCGAGCCCUCAUCAUCGGUGCCACGUGGUACCGACGUGGAUCCGGGAAAAGAGGAAGACGAUGGGUGGGUCUACGAUUCGAACGAGGAGGAGGACGAAAUGAUAAUAAUCCGCGGUGCUGACGUCAGCGGCCAUGGAGCCGCGGAUCUGCCCGAGGGGAUGGAGGCGCUGAUGCGCGCUGCGGAGGAGGGCGACUCGGACGCCUUGAGGGACGCGAUUCAGAGCGUGUCAGUGCCACUGGACGCGCCAGGCGAGGAUGGCAACACGGCGCUGCACCUGGCGUGUCUGUACGGCCACACUGCAUGUGUCGAGCUGCUGCUUGCUGCCGGAGCUGCAAUCGAGGCUCGGGACGAGGAUGGGGCCAUUCCUCUUCACGACGCUUGUGCUGGAGGCUUCUUGAAUGUGGUGAGCAUGCUGCUGGCGGCGGCGAGCGAUGCGGAGCAGCAGAGGCGCAUGAUCGGCGCGCAGGACAGUGACGGGGACACGGUGAGUUGUGGUGGGGUGGGAGAGCAGGGUGGUGGGGUGGGAGAGGAGGGUGGUGGGGUGGGAGAGCAGGGUGGUGGGGUGGGAGAGGAGGGUGGUGGGGUGGGAGAGGAGGGUGGUGGGGUGGGAGAGGAGGGUGGUGGGGUGGGAGAGCAGGGUGGUGGGGUGGGAGAGCAGGGUGGUGGGGUGGGAGAGCAGGGUGGUGGGGUGGGAGAGGAGGGUGGUGGGGUGGGAGAGCAGGGUGGUGGGGUGGGAGAGCAGGGUGGUGGGGUGGGAGAGGAGGGUGGUGGGGUGGGAGAGGAGGGUGGUGGGGUGGGGUGA